AUGAUUAUGAUUACUUGUUCAAGCUGCAUCCGCGUCGAUGAUAAAGUCGUUAAAGCCCAGAUUAGGGACACAGCUGGCCAAGAACGAUAUCGUGCAAUCACAAGUGCCUACUAUCGAGGAGCUGUUGGUGCGUUGCUUGUUUAUGAUGUCACACGUCAUGUUACAUUUGAAAAUGUGGAGAGGUGGUUGAAGGAACUCAGGGAUCAUACUGAUUCAAACAUCGUCAUCAUGCUUGUUGGAAAUAAGGCAGACUUGCGUCACUUACGGGCUGUUUCCACAGAAGAUGCAAAGGCAUUUGCCGAAAGAGAAAGCACAUAUUUCAUGGAAACCUCUGCUCUGGAAUCUAUGAAUGUGGAAAAUGCCUUCACAGAAGUUCUUAGUCAGAUAUAUCAUGUCGUCAGCAGGAAAGCUCUUGAGGUCGGUGAUGAUCCAGCAGCUUUGCCUAAGGGACAGACCAUUAAUGGAAAGCAAGUUUUAUAUACUUGCAACAAAGUAGUGCUGAUUAAAACCAUUAGACAAAUGCUACGCAACCCGUGA